GUAAGCGGAGUGCCCGCGCUCCCGGUUGUAAGGAAGCCCGGCUCCCUCAGCUCUGUCCUUGUGCGGGCCGCGCGCGCCGCUGGCCGAACGCGUCCACCUGUUUCCCGCCCCCGUAUUUAAACCGCUUGGCGCGUGCGCGGCCGUUAAACGGUCGGAGUCGGCCCGCUGCUGAGGGAGACGGUCCCGUAUGCCGUCUUUCGCUCCUGUCUGUUCCUGCGGUGCUGAGGUUCAGAAAUGACUACCCCAAACAAGACACCGCCUGGUGCUGAUCCAAAGCAGUUAGAGAGGACGGGUACUGUAAGAGAAAUAGGCUCACAAGCAGUUUGGUCACUUUCUUCUUGUAAACCAGGAUUUGGGGUGGAUCAGUUACGAGAUGAUAAUCUGGAAACAUACUGGCAGUCGGAUGGAUCGCAGCCUCAUUUGGUGAACAUCCAAUUUAGACGAAAAACAACAGUGAAGACAUUAUGUAUCUACGCAGACUACAAGUCUGAUGAAAGCUACACUCCAAGCAAAAUCUCUGUCAGAGUGGGAAAUAAUUUUCAUAAUCUCCAGGAAAUCCGGCAACUUGAAUUAGUGGAACCAAGCGGCUGGAUUCAUGUUCCUUUAACAGAUACCCAUAAGAAGCCUAUCCGCACAUUUAUGAUUCAGAUAGCUGUUCUAGCUAAUCACCAAAAUGGAAGAGACACUCACAUGAGACAAAUCAAAGUGUACACCCCAGUGGAAGAGAGCUCUAUUGGUAAAUUUCCUAGAUGUACAACAAUUGAUUUCAUGAUGUAUCGCUCCAUAAGGUAAAAUUUCCUAAUGGUAAAUAAAGACAUCUUUUCGAUGGCA